GGUACGGCAUCACACAGAGACAAACCAGCAUGGCGUUAACUGUGUUUAACCUACUCCUGACAUUACAUCUCAUGUCCCAGACGUCUGCUACUACAGCCCCACCUGUUACCACAUCGGAGCCAGGGAACGGUCAAUGGUUGGAACGUGAUUCGUCAUGGGUCGUAGACUCUUCCGGUGUGUGGGUUGACGACAAAGGUAGGGCAUACGAUGCCGCAAAAGCCUUGGAUGGUGACAAAGGGACCUACUGGAACGCACAAGCUAAAGGACAAAGAACAUACAACUAUAACAACUGGUACUUCGUGCUGGACCUUAUAACGUCCCACACUCUGACCCGCAUCGCAGUCAACAACUACGGAGACACCACCCAUGACACUGCAGCCUUCACCUUACAAAAGUCUCAGGCCGGAAGUCCAUACACCUGGGAGGACGUCGUGUCUGUCGAUAACGUGACCGGAGGGACACGGCAGCGCCAGGAGUUCGGCGGGUUCCAGGGAACAGCGCGGUACUGGAGGUUCGUGGUCACGCGGACCCACUCGGGCUGGCAGCCAUGGCUCCCAGAGCUGGACUUCUACGGAAUCUUACGAGGUAAAGGAAAGCAUCAUUCUUGUCAGUCGGUUUUUCGUGUUCGCAGCUAA